AUGGGUUUCAGCGUGGAUCGCGUGCCCCAGGACUUGGAUGUGAUUGUGAUCGGCAGUGGGAUCGGGGGUCUCACGGCGGGGGCGACUCUGGCCAAAGCGGGGAAGAAGGUCCUGGUUCUGGAGCAACACGAUCAGGCCGGAGGCUGCUGUCACACUUACAUAGAGAAGGGAUUUGAGUUUGAUGUUGGUCUCCACUACAUUGGGCAGCUCCAUGAGAACAGUCUGCUGCGUAUUGCCUUUGAUCAGAUCUCCGAGGGGCAGCUGGAGUUUCAGGAGCUCAACCAACAUUUUGACACCAUCCAAAUCGGAGAGGGAGAAGAACAACGAGAAUACACCAUCUUCUCGGGCAAAACAGCAAUGCAGGCCCAUCUCAUCAAGCAAUUUCCUGAUGACAAAGAGGCUAUCGAGACUUUCUUCAAGAUCAUGAAAAUCUGUGCCAAAAAGACCCACUAUCUGGCAACCCUAAAGCUGAUUCCUCAAUGGGUAUCUUUGCUCUUGCUGAAAUCGGGCCUUGCAGAUUGGGUUUCUCCAGUUUUCAAACUUUCUGGGACGUGUGCCACAGAGCUGGUGAACACAUUGACCAGCAACAAGGACCUCCAUGUCAUCUUCUCCUACCUCUUCUAUGGAGUGCCACCCAAAGAUUCCAGUAUUUUGAUCAACGCUCUCCUGGUCCACCACUACAAACGAGGGGCAUACUACAUCAAAGGGGGCGCUAGUGAGAUUGCCUUCCAUAUAAUCCGCACCAUUCAGAAAUAUGGAGGAAACUGCCUGGUCCGAGCUCCGGUCACACAGAUUCUGGUCAAUGAUGAGAACACAGCAUAUGGUGUAAAGGUGAAAAAAGGCCAAGAGGAGUUUGAAAUCCAUGCACCUGUCAUUGUCUCAAACUGUGGAAUCUUCACCACCUUCCAAAAACUGUUGCCUCGGGAAAUCUCAGUUCAGAAAGAGAUGCAGGAGCGACUAAACAUGAUGAAACAUGGCCGUGGGUCCUUCUUGGUCUUCUCUGGGUUUGACGGGACUCAGGAGGAGCUGGGCCUGGUCUCCACAAACUUCUGGCUCUUCAAAAACAACGACAUGGACAAAUCUAUGGAGGACUUCUUUGCACUGAGCAAAGAGGAAGCCCCUGACAACAUUCCCAUGAUGUUUAUAACUAUGCCAUCUGCCAAAGACCCGGAGUCUAAAAUAAGACAUCCAGGCAAAUCCUGCAUGACUAUCCUGACCAUGGUGAGGUAUGAGUGGUUUGAGGAAUGGAAAGAUACUACAGUGCGCAAAAGAGGAGACGAAUACUACAACUACAAAAUGAGAUUUGCCAAAAACCUCUUCAACUGGGCCUGUAAACUGUUCCCCAAAAUCAAAGACAAGCUGGUGUUCCAGGACGUGGCAACCCCCCUCACAAACUGUCACUACCUCGGUGCCCAAAGAGGAGCCAUGUACUCGGCUGAACACAACCUGGACAGAUUCCACGCUGAGGCUGUGGCCCGCAACAGGUGCAAUACGCCUGUGAAGAACCUCUACAUCUCAGGUCAGGACGUGUUCAGUUGUGGUAUAGCUGGAGCUCUUCAUGGAGGCCUGUUGUGUGCCUCGACAGUUCUGGAUCACAUUGUGUACAUUGACUUGCUCUUCCUCAAGAAGAAGCUGAAGAGGAGAAAGGCCAAGGAGUUGGCUCAGCUCGAGCAGAAGAAAAUACAGUGA